UAAUUUCGGCGGUUUUAGUGUCCGACGUAAUGUUCAAUUUCUUUUGGCAGUUAUUUUCUUUUUUCCCCCUUUUUAUGUGUUUUAAUUUUUAAACUGAGGAAGUGAUGCAUCUGAUAGUGAUUAGUGUUGUAUUUGAGAAGGGGAGAGUGAUGUGAUUGAUGAACCCUAAUCUCUUGUCGCCGUUCAUCUUCCACCUCUCUCAUACAUCUCUUUGCUGCCGCCCGUUGCAGCUCAUCUCCUCGUCGCCGUCGCCGCUGCAAACAAUGUCGUUGUUGCUACCUUCAACGAGCUCUGCGAUUUGGUUGCACCUUCUCUGUCACUUCCAAUAGGUAAUCUUUUUCAUCUUCUUCUUUUGAUUUUUCCUCUCACUUCAUACUUUUAGAUCUAGUUUAUGAUCUAGUAGGAACAAAUAGAGAAUGCUUGCUCACUAAGUCGCGUCAGCAAAUCAGAUCUACCAAAAUAUUCGACGGCAUCCUCGGUCAGAGAUUCGUCGCGAAAUGGACAUAGCUGUUGUCCCUCUUCAAGUCAUUCUUCCAAUACUAGAGAGCCAGGUAAAGAUGCUGCAGAUGCAAGGAGCUCAGAGGCCUUCGUUGCACUUUGCUUGCUGACUAUUGCUGGAACUUCACUUGCCAUGCAGCAUUUGGAUUUUAGUGAUAUGUGGCAAACAUAUUAUUCUGUGAUUCUCUUGCUGGUGUCGGGUUUUUGUACUCGAAUAAGACGACGGAUCUGUACACAUUUGGUGACCAGAGAACAGGUUCCUGAAUUUACAGCUGAAGAUGCCUAUGCAUUUCUUGUUAAGUGGUUUGAAAGAUUUCUUCAGUAUAAGCAUAGAGAGUUCUACAUUGCUGGAGAAAGCUAUGCAGGGCACUAUGUUCCUCAGUUGUCUCAAAUUAUUUAUGAGAGAAACAAGGGAAUCAAGAAUCCAGUGCUAAAUUUCAAGGGAUUUAUGUUGAUUGGUGUGGAACCAACUGAAAGUUCAGUGCUGUCAGGUGGAAAACCUGAAACAGAUCUCACAUGUUGGAUUACUAGCUUGCUCUGCAGCGAUGUGUUAGAAAAGAUGCUGGUAAGUAAUUGCACUCCAAGCAAUCAAUAAUAAGUUGCAGAACUCCAAAUCACAAUGCUUUUAUCCUCAUGUAAGUGACUGGUAAAUGGUUUGGGAAUCUAUUUGGUUUAUAAAUAAAUUUUUCGAGGUAUAUAAUUUAAAAUAAAAUAUAGAAUCCUAAUUGAGAAAUUGGAAACAUAUGGAAUUUGAAAAAGAUUUGUUUAUUAUAAAAAUAAAUGAUUAAAUUGAUUAUAAUCUCGAGGAUCUUUUAGCAUGUUAUGACUAAUGUAACCUUUUAUUUUGAUUGGGCAAACAAUUAAGUAUUAGAUUGACCAAUUGUCCUAUAAAAAGUUUCAAUAGUGUGUAUAUUUUUGUCGUUUCUUUAGAAACAUUAAUGCUGAAUUGGUAAAAUGCAUUGUUAUGACUUAUGAUCACCAUUCAUUGGUUUAUGUCAGUAAGAGCUUUUGGGAACUGGACACAUACUAUUAGCUUGUGGUGCUUGAAUCCAGCUGUUGUGUUUAGAGAUGUUGCUGAUCUUUCUUUAUCCUUUUAGUUUUCAAUAAUGAAGGCAUCAAUUUUACUUUCUCAUCACAUGUAGAUACUUUCUCAUCACCAGCAACGCUUUUUUAUUUAAACUUAAAUUGAUCAUGUUGUUGUUUACUUAUGAUAUGAUUAAGGUUAGUUCAAGAAAUGGAUAUUAGUAUAAGCUUACAGACUAUAAAUUUAUAGUUGAUAGUCCUAAUCAGUUACCUCAUUUGAAAUUUUGUUUUUAUUUGAGAUAAUGGCAUGUCCUGUUUAAGAUGUAUCAAUUCCUUUUACCUUUCGCAUAUUUUUUUCUGCUAAUCCCAUUAUAUGAUUAUGUUUGUUUACUGAUAAUUCCAAUCUCUAAAGGUUAGUCUAUUUGGUGUUUAAGCUUAACCGAUAGUUUCUAUGGCUAUAGAUAAUAGUCUUUUAACAGAAUUUACAAUUAUAAUAAUUCAGUUUAAGUAAAGAGUUGAGUUUUUAGUUUUCUUGCUGCUAACCAUAUCUAUGAGAUUUUCGCAUGCAAUUCAAAAUGGCAUUCAACCUAUAUAAGGAGAGUGCAAUCUUGCUUGAAAGGGUGGGAAUAUUAAAACGAGAGCUUGAAGACCAAAAGAUCAAGUGCAAUUCAAAAUACAUGAAGUAAUCAAGAAAGCAUUGAUGAUGUGAAGUGGACUUUGUUAUUAUCAUCAUGUCAUUCUCCUCUGGAUUAUUCCUUAUAGUUUUACAUCAUUUUAUUUAAUUUAGAAAAGAAAUAGCAACAUUUUGUAUGCCUCAUGUAUUACGAAACGAGCGAAAGCAUAAUAAAAAAAAGUAUAUUUUUAA